ACUAUCGAUAUUCUAAUUACUCAUUCACUUCAGAUGUGGCAAAACAGUAACAAUAAGAAAUCUACGAAUAUAGAAAUUGCACUUCUAUCCCUUUUAGGUACACCUAAAGAUGACAUUAAAUGGUAUUACAAUGGGUCUUAUCGCAGAGGUUUUGUUGCUUGUCACGGCAGUCGCCAUUUCUGGAACCGUUCAGUCUGAAAAUAGCAACGAUGAAAGCCAAAAUCGAUCCGGAAACGCACUGGCGUUUCAUGUAAUGGAACAACUGUACAACAUGAAAUUUAAUAUAGCUGCCCAAAAGAAACAGAUAGAGGCACUACAGAAUCGCAAAACUACGAAAUGUGAAUCAGGGACCGUUGGACAACACAAAUUCCCUGCUCCAGGGUGGCCAUACAUACAAAACGUUAAAUUCAAGUCUCCUUUUGAGGAGACGCCGACCGUGACGUACGGUCUAUCUCUUUUGGAUUCUCUUUACAAUACUAAUGAGCGGAUAUCAACGAUAGUCACUGCUGUUACCAAAACUGGAUUCCAGGCCCAAUUUCACACAUGGGCCGGUACAGUGUUAUAUGGAGCCAGAAUUAACUGGAUGGCAUGUGGAAAGUAAAAUAGCUGACUGCAAAAAGUGUGCACUUGUUUCCAUUUAAAAUAAAAAAUUUCAAAGCAUUGAUUUCUAUAAGUAUAAAGUUUCUAACCAACGCGAGUAUCAGACAACAUAAACG